AUGGGGCAGGGAAGCCCUCGCACCGCUGUCUUGGCCGCUCUCUGCAUCCUUUUGCUCCUCUGCUCACACGGAGCCCCGGUGUCCCCCAAAGGCACUCACCCAAUGCUGUGCCAGCCACACGGGAGAUGUGGAGACAAGUUCUAUGACCCCCUGCAGUACUGUUGCUAUGACGAUGCCGUGGUGCCCUUGGGCAGGACCCGGAAGUGUGGAAACUGCACCUUCAGGGUCUGCUUCGAGCAGUGCUGCCCGUGGUUGGUGAAGAGGCCCCAGGAGUCCUCCAUGGUGAAGGUGAAAGGUCAAAAUUGUCACUUGGACCCGUCCUCGGACGACAGGGUUUGUCACAGUGUCAGCUGA